UCAGCCGCGGUGCACGGGCUGCUAGGGAGCGAGAAUAAAGUCAGGCCAACACAGCAGCCUCCCGCUCCGCAGAAGUGAGGAGGCACCUCGGGGGCAACAUGACGGCGUGGCUGAGCUUCCUCGUCGUGUUCCUGUGCAGCUGGAGCCUGCGGGACUUGGUGGUGGAGGCUUGCACUUGCGUCCCCAUCCAUCCGCAGGACGCUUUCUGCAACUCCGACAUCGUGAUCCGAGCUAAAGUGGUGGGGAAGAAGCUCAUGAAAGAUGGGCCCUUUGGAACGAUGCGAUACACAGUCAAGCAGAUGAAGAUGUACAGGGGCUUCCAGAUAAUGCCACAUGUUCAGUACAUCUACACAGAAGCCUCUGAGAGUCUUUGUGGAGUCAAGCUGGAGGUCAACAAGUACCAGUAUCUAAUUACAGGCCGGGUUUAUGAGGGGAAGGUUUACACUGGCCUGUGCAACUGGUAUGAGAAAUGGGACCGGCUGACUCUGUCCCAGCGCAAAGGGCUGAACCACCGUUAUCACCUGGGCUGUGGCUGCAAGAUUAGGCCCUGCUACUACUUGCCCUGCUUUGCCACCUCCAAGAAUGAGUGCAUUUGGACAGACAUGCUCUCCAACUUCGGCCACUCGGGAUAUCAAGCAAAGCACUAUGCCUGCAUCCAGAGGGUGGAAGGCUACUGCAGCUGGUAUAGAGGAUGGGCACCUCCAGACAAAACAAUAAUCAAUGCCACAGAUCCCUGAGCGGCUCUCCCUUUCCUUAUCUCCCCUCUCCCUUACUUGUGGCUGAUCUUCCUUUGGACACUAACUCUUACCAGAUCGUGAUGAUGACAAUGAAAUUAGUGCCUAUUUUCAUGCAAAUUCUAGCACUUGGAACACUUAAAAAAGAAAAGGAAAAAAAAAGGAAAGGAAAAAGUCUGUGCUACCUUACUGAAUUUGUAAUCACCUUUUCCAUUUUUUGAUACCACUCAUUUUGAUCAGACAACAUUUGGGAGCUUACUUUUGCACACCAGAGGGUAAAAUGGGAGGGAAAAAAAAAGGAAAAAAAAAUAAAAAAAGAUGGAGCUCUUGCUCUCUUACAUGUAUCAUUAGCUGUAGCAAUAUAAUCUCUAUUUUUUUAGGAAAACAAAAAUCUAAAAACUAUGCCAAUUAGGCACUGUAUUCUUCUAUGCGCUGGCUUCCCAUCACCCCUCCUCAUGCACUAAGUGCUGAAAAUACAUAGAAAAAUCUAUUUUAAGGGAAACAGAUUUUAUUUAUCAGAUUAAUCAGGCAAAUGAAGCAAAAUGAAAAGAAACCCAGCCUAAACUCUGGACAAAAUGACAUCCAGAAGAAAUCCUCCUCUCUAGGAGAGAUUGGCAAUGUGGUUGACUCCAGCAGUGGGAGACUUUACCUGGUGUGUCUGACCACAUCAUCUGGUAAAAGCAUUGUUGACUGACUGUCCUUGCUAAUUCAGUCACAGUGUGAAUGCAACAGCACAUUUGAAGUUCUGGCUUUCCCCAGAAUAAAAUAGAGUAUUUUGUGUUCUUGUUUCAAAAACAAAAGCCCCAUCCCCUAUUUUCAGGGAGGUAAAUGCAACUACAAUAGAGCAUAUGAAGGGUUGUCCCAUCCUGUUUUGAGCAGCAUUGGCCCCUGAAAUUUUUGCAGCUUAGCUUCAACAGCAAAACCAGCUUGUGAACACCUUAAACCAAACAGAUGCAAAAAUAACAACUGUAAAUCAAUCACGUGCAAGAGGGAAAGGGGACAUUUGCUAGAACUCUUAUUAUUUAAAAAAAAAAAGUAUUGCCAAAAUAGUGUUUUGCUGAACUAAGAUGUACAUACACAUAAUGACAUAAGCUAUUUUUGACAGGACGUGGAAAUUUUUGGUGUUAUAAACAAAAGAACGGUUUGAUUGUGUUUUAAAGACAGAAAUAUUGACAUUCCGAGUUGGUGAGUUGCUUUUAUUGUAUUGAAGCUCCAGUGUAUCUGCAGUAGUGGCUA